AUGCGUCCAGCGGGCGGCUGCACGAGUCACAGCGGCGCAUCGACGACGCGGAGUCACUCGUACGUCGCCUCCGCUCCCCUGCACCCUCUCCGCUCCCCUGCACCCUCUCCGCUCCCCUGCACCCUCUCCGCUCACCUGCACCCUCUCCGAUUCUCCUGCACCCUUUUCGGGUCCUCCCACUCUCUCUUCCCUCCGCCACCUCGUGCAGUCCCCGCCGCGUUGCUCUCCUCCCCGCCGCACGUAUCCCUCCCCGCCGCACGUAUCCCUCCCCGCCGCACGUAUCCCUCCCCGCCGCACGUAUCCCUCCCCGCCACACAUAUUUCUUCUUCCUCCCCCUCGCCUCGCGCUCCCCUCCCCCAGAUUCGCCAGAUGGAUCUCGAGGCGCGCUCGCUCCCCCCUGCCGGCCGCGCGCAUCUGCUAGCGCGCCUGCGCGCACACAAGCUCGCGCUGCUCGCCGCCAAGAAGCGCGCCGUCGUGGCGGGCGGGCAAGGAGGGGGGCAAGGUGCGGGGCAAGCGGGGGCCCAACGGGUGGGGCGAGCGGAGGAGGAGAGAGCAGCGCUGCUGGAAGAUGGAAGGGAUUAUGUGCCUCUAUCGGUGUGUGCUGUGCCUCUAUCGGUGUGUGCCUCUAUUGGUGCGUGCCUCUAUCGGGCAGGCACCACCAAUCCGUGUCUCUCUUCAGGCAGCGCAAGCAACUAG